UUCCGGCUUUAAUGAUAUGAUACGAAUAGGUAGGUGUCUAGUUAUUAUUCGGCGUUUCGCGAAUUGAAUAGAUGAAUUCAUCGUAUGGUUAACUAAGUUUGUUGAAAUGUUGUUCCAAGUGACAUUUUAUUUGUAUUUGCUUAUUUCGCCAGCAUUUGGCUCAGUGAUUGAACAGCCAUCUGAGCCAUCUUGGUCAGGAAAUGGACACCGUAUGAAAAGAGAAACAAAAUCUAUUCCGGAACCUCGUUUGACAUUUUCACCCGAUGAUAAGGAUACCUUCUCUGUGAAGGAGGACUCGGAUCUAGAUAUAUCUUGCGAAGGACCAAUGAAAGCAAUCUCGUGGUACUACAAUAAUUCAGAAAUAUCGACCAAUAAAAACGCCGACGUUUUUCAAAAAUCAUCUGAAUUGGACGGCGGAGUGAUGAAAAGAAAAUUGAAAUUCGACGAUUUACAAACAACGAAUAGCGGCAAAUACACUUGCGUGGGUUUCUCAACUUCUAAUGGAAGUAGAAUCGAACGUACUGUUUCACUCUCAGUUCAAGAGACUGAUAUCUUGAACAAUCCUAAACUAACAGUAAACGAUGACAGAGUAGCCGAUACAAAUCUCUACUACAGAGUUAACGAAACAUUGGAAGUAAUUUGUAAAGGAGAUACGGAAUCCAUCGUAUGGAAAGGCCCACCGAAUGGCUGGCCUAUUCCAGAAACACUCAGUGCCACAAGCAAUCGUAUGCACGUGGAACGUAUUAAAAAAAAGAAAAUAGCAUUGAAAUUCAAAGCAAUCACGACCAGCGAUGAAGGAACCUACACUUGCGAAGCAACCAAAAGAAAAAACACCAAAGCAAAAAGUUUCAAACUAUACGUAAUUGAUCCUGUUCGUAUAACUAGCUUCCCACAAAGCCCAACUACCAGGGAAGGUGACAACGUUACGCUGGGAUGUACCGCAACAAGCCAUCCUAAGGCAAUAGUGAAUUGGUACCAGUAUUUCAACAAAACACAUUCCGAUGGAACAUCAUAUUUUAAAAUAAUCGAUGACCAAACUAAUUCGCAUUUCAAAUUGGACGGCGAUAAUUUACUCAUCAGCAAUAUAACUUACAGAGAGGCGGGCAGGUAUAGGUGUGAGGCGAUUCAAGAUAUCGAAAAAGGUUCCACGGAUAGACGAACCAUCGAUGUGAAUGUUGAACAUAAACCGUACCCCUCGAAGAAUCAUACCAUUUACGAGAAGAAGCUCAACACGCUGGUCGAAGUGCCAUGUGAAAUGGUCGCCAAUCCUGAGCCUUUCUAUACGUGGUUUCAAAAUGUCAAUGGCACAUUUCAAAUGAUUAGUGCUCCGAGUCCAAAUAAAAAGCUCACAAUAAAUUUCAACCAAGAGUCGCAAUUCGGCGAAUACAAAUGUCAGGCUAAUAACGCAAUUGGUUACAAUGAGCAGUAUAUUUCAUUAAUUCCAUUGGAAAACCCAAGACCACCGAAAAUCGAACUGUAUACAGUAAGAAAAACUUACGCCUAUCUUAAAGCUAUAGCUGAGAGAAACAGUAGCUUCAUUUUCUAUAAUAUCGAAUACAAGGAAAAGGAUACCGGAGAGUGGACUGGCAUGAAUGUUACUCUAGGAGAAACCUGGGAUACGAAAUACGAAGUACCCCAUUUAUUCGAAAAAACCAGAUACAUCGUAAGAGUAAGAUCUAUCAACAAUUUGGGUGUGAGUGAGCCAUCAAAUGAAAUAGAAUUCACAACAUGAUCAGGAUGAGACUUUUACCACAGCAUCAGGAAUACGACUCGCCGCAUCGUUUAUUGUACUAUUAUUCGCUAUUUUGCUCCGACAAAUGUUUUAAAUAUUCUCUGGAAUUAAAAAUAAAAAAAAUAGAUAACGAGGCGAGAUCUCAUAAAGAAACGUAUGUACCUCAAUCGGCGGUGUUUUAAAUUUUAAUAUAUUUUUGUCAUUAUUAGUCAUCAUAAGCUUUUGGAAACGCAACCGUGGCAAAAGCUUACCUUAAACUUGAUUUUUCAAAAGUCAAUUCACUUUCAUGGUAUUGCGAAGUUCGACUAAAUUGAAAUUGAGGAUGCUAAUUUCUAAGUACCAUACCCAUACUUAUUGUUGGAUUUUGUAGUUGUAAGUCAUUUAUUCAAAAUUAUUCUAAACGCUUAAUAUAUUUUACAAAAUGA